GCGCGGCACAUGGAGGAGCCCGGCUCCGGGACGGGGGGACCCGGGCCCGACCCCGAGCGCCCCGGGGCGCGCUGCCCGCCGCUGUCCCGCUUCCGAGAGGAGCUGCGCGCGCUCGGGGUCCUGGCCGGCCCCGCGUUCCUGGCCCAGCUGAUGGUGUUUCUGAUCAGUUUCAUAAGCUCCGUGUUUUGUGGCCACUUGGGGAAGCUCGAAUUGGACGCCGUCACACUCGCCAUCGCGGUCAUCAAUGUCACUGGUGUAUCCGUGGGAUUUGGUUUAUCUUCUGCUUGUGACACCCUCAUCUCCCAGACAUACGGGAGCCGGAACCUGAAGCACGUGGGGGUGAUCCUGCAGCGGGGUGCCCUCACCCUGCUGCUCUGCUGCUUCCCCUGCUGGGCGCUCUUCCUCAACACCGAGCUCCUCCUGCUGCUCUUCGGGCAGGACCCCGCCGUGUCCAGGCUAACGCAGACCUACGUCAUGAUCUUCCUUCCAGCCCUUCCUGCGACGUUUCUUUACAUAUUACAAGUUAAAUAUCUGCUCAACCAGGGCAUUGUCCUGCCCCAGGUGGUCACCGGCGUCACCGCCAACCUGGUCAACGCCCUCGCCAACUAUCUGUUUCUGCAUCAGCUGGACCUUGGGGUGAUGGGGUCCGCGCUGGCAAACACGAUUUCGCAGUUCGUCCUGGCUCUGCUCCUCUUCCUCUACAUCCUGGGGAGAAAGUUGCACGAGGCCACCUGGGGAGGCUGGUCCCUGGAGUGCCUGCAGGACUGGGGCGCCUUCUUCUCCCUCGCCGUCCCCAGCAUGCUGAUGCUGUGCAUAGAGUGGUGGGCCUACGAGAUCGGGAGCUUCCUGAGCGGUCUCCUCGGCACGGUGGAGCUGGGCGCCCAGUCUGUGGUCUACGAACUGGCCGUCAUCGUGUACAUGAUACCUACAGGCUUCAGUGUGGCGGCCAGUGUCCGCGUUGGAAAUGCACUGGGGGCUGGAAACAUCGAGCAAGCAAAGAAAUCUUCCACUGUUGCCUUGGUGAUCACAGAACUCUUUGCUGUAACCUUUUGCAUCCUGCUGUCAAGCUGUAAGGAUCUGGUGGGCUACAUUUUUACUACUGACAGAGAAAUCAUUGCUCUGGUGGCUCAAGUGGUUCCAAUUUAUGCUGUUUCCCACCUCUUUGAAGGUCUUGCUUGUACGUGUGGUGGGAUUCUGCGGGGCACUGGAAACCAGAAGUUCGGAGCUAUUGUUAAUGCUGUUGGGUAUUAUGCUAUUGGCCUCCCUGUUGGGAUUUCCCUGAUGUUUGCAGCUCAACUUGGAGUGAUGGGUCUGUGGUCGGGAAUGAUCAUCUGUACGGUCUCCCAAGCUGUGUGUUUUCUUGGCUUUAUUGCUCAGCUAAAUUGGAAAAAAGCCUGCCAACAGGCUCGAGUACAUGCCAACUUGAAACUAAAUAUGGCGCAGGCGGGGAAUUCUGCUGUCUCUUGGGAUCCGCUUUACCCAGUGAGCCUGGAAAACAACGGAGGAAUUUUAAUGAGAGAUGUAGGAAAAAAGGAUGAGGGUCAGGAGCCCCCUCUGGAGACGCGGACGGACCCAGAAGAGCCCCUGCGGGCGCCCCGGGAGGGCAGGACGGCGCUGACCGCCCGGCAGCUGGUCCUUCGGCGGGGGCUGCUGCUCCUGGCUGUCCUCCUGGUCCUGCUGGCGGGGAUGUUCGUGAGACUGCACGUGCCGAUUCAGUGACGGGGCAGCAGAGAGCGAGACCUGGGCCAAGUGGUUCUUUUGGGCUUACAAAUAGAAUUCAUAGGCACCACCGCGGCCAUUCCUUCUCAGUUAACAUAAUUCGCUGCAACCCUGAAUUUCACAAAUUGGGAAUUCAAAGAUAUAUUUUCCUCAUGAAGAAAAGGAGUGAGGAGGAGGUGUAAAAACUAUUUUACAGUCUGAGUUAAUGCCAAUAAUUCAUCCACGAGGACUUCAACCAAGGCCUGCCGUGUGCUGGCUGCAUUUAUCUGUAGCUUUGACAUAUCUUCUGCUUACUGUUGUUUUUUUCCUUCCUUUUUUAAAAAAUUGAAGUGAAAUUCAUAAUACAUAAAAUUAUCUCCUUUUAA